UGCCCCCCGCCCUGGUGGCCACACGCCGGCCCAUGCUGACAUUCCCCUCUCUCUCUUCCGCAGAGACAAGAGGACCAGCAGCGACACCGCCCCUCGCCCUGGAGGGUUCUGUACAAUCUCAUCAUGGGACUCCUGCCCUUACCCAGGGGCCACAGAGCCCCGGAGAUGGAGCCCAACUAGGUGUGACCCGCCCGGGGGGCGUCGGGGACUUGGGGGGCAGGCCCCUCCCUCCUCCUGACACCCUGGCCAGCGCGGGGGACUUUUUCUGCACCAUGUAGCAUACUGGACUACAGCCCUGCCUGUCCCAGGGGUGGGCGGGGGCGGCCACUCCAGCCACUCCAGCCCCGCCUGGGGCCACGGCGGAGACCUGGACUCCUGGGUCCCGGCGGAGAAGCCGACGGACUCAGCAUCGGAGGCGGCGGUGACCGAGGGGUGGGGACCGAGCCACCCACCUCUCGCGGCCCACCACCAUCUCAGGAAAGGCUGCUGGUGCUGGCUGCCCGUUCCAGCUGCAGGGGUGACACUGGGGGUUUCCUCCCGGCGCGCCUUCACUCUGGGCCUGGCCUCGGGCCCCUGGUGCUUCCCCCCCUCCUCCUGGGGAGGGGGUCCGUGAAGAGCAAAUGAGCCAAACCUGACCACUAGCCUCCCGGAGCCAGAGCGGGGCGC